AUGAACACAAUGGUAUCAUGGAUGCUUGCGGAUUUCCCGUGGGAAGUUUCGGCAAAGCAGUGCGCAGCCGAGAGCACCCAACGCCGCCCGAUGAUUGUGCCCGUGCAUGUGAAAUAG